AUGGCAGAUGAGAAUCCACCUUCAUCAGAAAUCCACCUGGCAGAUGACCAUUUUGGAUCUACCCGAGCCAAAAUGGAGGACGAACCUGAAACUCCCAUCAUCCCUAUGUCAAAAAGCUCAGCAGAAUUGACGAGUGGACCACCACAGCGCAUGGAGCUCAGCUGGCUCCACAGGGACUUGCGUAAAAGUGCCAGCGGUGUGAUGCGUACCCCGAGGCCUGGUAGUAUCGGUGGACCAGUGCCAGCUGUACCCAUAUCCUGCGACCCUGAAGUUAGCAGCGUCUGCAGUGGCAGCAGCACCCCGGAAACAGUCAUCUGGCGAGGAGGAGUGACGCGACCCUGGAGCAUUACGGAGGACUCACCGUGCAAUGCCAAAAGGACUCCAACUCAGGACUCAGUUUUGGGUCAUCAUCGGGCCCCUGCUGGGGAGACCUGUGUGAUACACUCACCUUCCUCACACAGUGUGGACCUGCUAGACCACAGGGAGGGGCAUUGCAAAGGGACAAUCAACCCAACAAGCUGCAGAUGCUCCAGAACUUUCGGUGAAGCCCAGUCACCACUCUUGACCAGCAGACUGUGUCCAGGAGGUGCACACAGCAGCUUAGUGCAGCAUCCUGAUGGUUGUACCCACCAUCCAAUCAGAGGUGAGAUCCAGAGACUGAGCCUUGGUUGUGGGACGUCUUGCAUUAAUCCUCCUGGCACUGCUCUGAGGAACCCUGCCUGUGCCGUACCCUGUCCCGGGCAUUUACUCUCACGACUUCCCUGCACAGGUACCUGCUGCAUCACUUCACAGAGACCCUUGGUGUCCACUGAGCUGCUUGGAUUCCCACCACUUGUAUCUUCAGUCAGUGAGACCCGGUUGAAUCACUGGGGCAGCGGACACUGCUGCGGAUCUCAGGUUGGCGGACUAAAUGCUGCCCCCCUGCAACUGAGCCAGAACAACCUGGCUAGGCCGACCAGGAGGACGGUGCAGGAGGCCAGCACCAUGACGUCCAACAGAGAUCUCAGGGAUGUGGGGGUCCAGACAGGAUCCUUUGAUUGUCUUGCUUCCCCUGAGUUGUGUGAGAUUUGUGAGAGCACUGGGCCUGAAGAACCCGAGGUGGGCCGGAGGUCCCCGGUGAAAGAGGUGGAAUGGGACUCCGAGGGGAUGACGUGGGAGGUGUACGGAGCAGCCGUAGACCCAGAGGAGCUGGGUCUGGCCAUCCAGAGGCACCUUGAGCUGCAGAUCAAAGAGGCAUCAGCUGCAGCAGCCCAGCAGGCGUCCGAGGUAAACGUAGACGGGCAGUCGCAGCAGGUGAGCAGGCGGCGGGGAAAGGGCGGUGGAGUGAUGAAAUCCUUGCGAAACCCGGCGUGCUGCUCCAGCACCACGGUGGACUGA